UCGUGACUCAUUGAUUCUACCUCACUCGUUGAUUCUCCCACUCUUCACAGUUCAGACUCCACGAGCCCUAGUCCGCCGGAGGUGUGCGCCUGUGCCUGUUCGUCCAACUCCGUGGAUCUCGCCGUCGCGGAGGCUACUGUGUCCUUUCCGACUCUGCAUCAUUUUCAGGAAUUUGAAGGUCUGCAAUCUCCUCAAAGCCUUCGAGAAACACCCUGCACCCGUGGACCCUUGCUGAAAUCUUCCUUGCUGGAACUGCAUUUUAUAUCAUAAUGCCUAGGAAAAAUAACCUAAGGAAAAAUAAUGCAAGGUUUGUUGAUGAAGAACAUCAUGAUGAAGUGGAACAUUGUGAUGAAGAACAUCGUGAUGAAGAUGUGCAUCAUUAUAUACAGCAAUUAAUAAAUUCACUGAAUAAAUCUCAAUCUGAAUCACAUGGUACUGAGUCUAAUCAUUUGAACAAUUCAGCUAGCACUAAUGCUGAACAAGGUUCGUUGAAAACCAGAAAUGUUCGUGGGCCUACCUUAUUAAGAGAUAUAUGGACCAUGCCUCCAGGGAAGACAAUUGAUGUGCAAUUCAAUAGACGUAACCAAGCUAUAGGAAAGGAAGGUAGAAAGCUUGCUAGCUUUCUAGGCAUUAUAGCUAGAAAUCCAGAGUUAGCACCUUUAAACAUAGACGAUUGGAGAUGUUUUGACAAAGAAGAAAAAAAUAAAUUGGUGGAUCUUGUGAGGAAGAAGUUCUCGAUCCCAGAACGUGGUGUGGAAUUUGUCAAAAAAUCACUUGGAAAGAAAUGGAAAGACUACAAAUGUGAUUUAAGGAGUAUGUAUUUCACAAAGUAUAAGACUAAACAUACCUUAUUGAAACACAGACCGAAUCAUAUACCAAGGGAUCAAUGGAUUGGUCUUGUCUCCUAUUGGGUUUCUGAUAAAGGAAAGAGGCGUAGUCAAGCAAAUAAAAGCAAUAGAGCAAAGCAAAAGAUGCCUCAUACAGGAGGAUCUAAAAGUAUCGGUACAUUAAUGAAUGAAAAGGCAAAAGAUGGGAUAGAGCCUACACGAGCUGAAGUUUUCAUCUUAACUCAUAAGGAACGCAAAGAUGGUAGACCAUUAGAUGCAGAGUCAAUAAAAACACUGGAUUUGAUACAAGAAAAGUUGUGCAAUGGAGAGACUUCUAAUGAGCAAGAUCUUGACAGUGUUGCUUGGGAAGGAGAUGUGUAUUCUCAAGUAUUGGGAUCUGAAAGAAGUGGCUAUAUUCGUGGGUUAGGACUUGGUCCUACUCCUUCUCUGUUAUGGGGUGAUAAAUUUUCUUUGGGAAAUAUUUCUAUGAAUAAUAAUAAUAUGUCUAAUGAGAUGGUCCCAAAAUUAGAGCAAGAGAUGAAGGAGUUAAAGGAGAGGCAUGAGGAAGAAAUGAACCAAAUGAAAGAGUUGAAUCAAAAGCAAGUUGCAGAAUUGACCAUCAUGAGACAAAAUCAAGAAAAAAUGAUGUUAGAAUUAUCUUUCAUGAGGGAAGUUAUGUGUAGAUUUAUGCAUACGGAGUUACCAACGCCUAACUUUAAUAGAAGCUAUGGACAAGUCUCUGAUUCUAAUGGUGGUCGUGAACGAGCACCGCGAGUACCACAUUAGUCAUGUCACUUGCAUAGUAUGGGGGAAAUACUACAGAUUAUCAUGGCACUUUGAUUUUCAGAAAUCCACUUCACUAGGAUUAUAAGCCGAAGUGGAAUAUUUUGUUUAUAGACACUACUUUUGUAUGGUAAAUGUGAUUAGACUUGUUAUUGGAGAAUUGGCACUAUAUAUUAGAUUUGUAUGGUAUUAAUACUGUGUCUUUUCAGGUUCA